GUGUGCGAACGUGUUCCGCGUUUAACCUACGCCGAUGCGCCGGCGUUAGUAGAAACGGUUACGCGACGUACCCUGUCGGGCAUCACUGCAUCAGUGAAUAAUAAUAAUAUUAAAUAAUAAUAAUUGUAAUGUCAUCGCGUCGUUUCGCGCGUUUCCCAAGUUCCCUCCGAUAAAUUGCAGCAGUGCAGUUGCUCGUGCACCUCUUGGCCGUCCGUUGAUAAGUCGUUGGCGUAAUAAUAAUAAUACAGAUAACGUAGCGUCGCCGUACGACCGUUCGACGAGUACAACAGUCUUACAAUCGCCGCGGUCACAGUAUUAUCCGCGAUCGUGCAGUGUCUGUAUUAUCUAACUCGUGCGCUCUAUCGCAGCAGCUUGCACACGACGUCGCAAUGUCGAGCGCAACGACGAAAUGCAAACAUCUCGACGGGGACGAAGAAGCGAAACGCAAACGCAGCAGAUGGAUGGUGUUUCCGGGGAUUGAAGCAUUAAAACCAUACAAUAUUGUGUUUGAUUAUGAUAGAUUUGAAUAUGAACUAGCUGUUGGACUUGAUUUUGCACUUGCUAAAGCGCUGGAACCAGAAGAAAUCAUAGGAGCUUGUAACUUUAAUGGCGAAAUAGUAUACUUUAUGAAGUGGAAGCGUCAAGUUGAAAUAAGUUACAUAUCAUCAGAACAUGCUUCAAAAUUGUACACUGAAGCUACAAUUAAAUUCCAUGAGAAAUAUAAUAAUAUAUCCCAAACAGUUGCUACAGAUGUGUCGCAUCUACAAAAAGAGGGUAGUGUUGCACGUCGUAGAGUUGGGCGUCCUAAAAAGGCAUCACAGGGUUCAAAAAGAUCUUAUGUACCAAAGUACCUAUCUAGAAAAAAAAAAUAAUGUGAAUAAUUUUUCAAUUUGAGAAUAAUGAUAAGUUGUUAUUAUAAGACAUUAUUAUUAUUAUUUUUUUUCAUUUAUAUAAAUUAUUUAAUAAUAUUUACUCUGU